GCGAUUUUGGGAUCGAGCGCUUUGUUCGCAGACUCUGCGCGGGACUCUUCUGCUCACCAGCCGGUUCUUUCUGUGCGGUCCGAUCGAUCGUCGGAGGGAGAGCAUGGCGAGUCGCAACUUCGGCGCCGUUGGCCAGCACGGCGUAAAAUUAUUAUGCUUCGCGGUCGUCCUCGCCACAUCGGCCAGCUGCGUCGACGGCACCAGCACCAUUGACAUCGAUGACACCUCCGUGCUCCGAGUUGCGAUGAUAUCGGACCUGCAAGCUACCAGCAAGGACGAGUCAACUUUUUCGACUGGCUUGAAAUUUGGCAUGCAGUACAUCAGAGACCAUAUGGGCGGAAUGUCCGUGGGAGGGGCAUCAGGGCCAAAGCUCAGAAUCGAGGUGAUCGAGUACGACUCAAUGGGCGACUCGAGUAGCAGUGGACAAGUCGCCGAUAUGGUCGCGCUGGCUGUCAACGGCUCGGACAUGAAUGGCAACCCAGUGGGCGACAUUGAUGUGAUCGUGGCGGCCACGAGCUCGACGAACGUGGCCGUAAUCGACAAUGCUCAAAGUGCUCUCAUCCCGAAUAUCCAUGCCGGCGGCGGGAAUCCCGCCAUUUGGACCACCGACAACAACUAUGCAUUCGGCAUGCACCUACCGUUCCCUGAGUACACCAAGGGGCCCAUGAAGCUUUUCCAGCUGUAUGGCAUGAAGACCAUUGGCAUCAUCAGAUCCGAAAGUUUUGGCUUUGCCAAAAUCUCCACAGUUCACGCGCUGAAGUGGGCGCAGCAGGCGAAUCUCACAGUCGUGGGGCCCACUGCUGAUUGGUGCAGCAGCAACGCCGACUACUACCGCAGCUGCACGCUCGUUGACGGCAACUGCCGCUGCGGCGAACAGGAUAUCGCUAAUCAGUUCAAUUUGGGCAUUACAGUCACCGACGGGCCCACAUUCUACGAAAUUGUGGAUGACGGUAGUAAGCCUGGGCCCUGCACCGCUAGCGGGGAUUGCUCUCGGGGACUGCAUAACACGAACCUCACGAAUUUCCACAGGCGUGUCAUCCAGGAUAUGAAGAAGCAAGGUGUUCCCGACGUUCUCCUGAAUUUCGCCCACGGUUACCACAACGUCGUGCAGGCCAUGGUGGAAGAAGAGUUCGCUCCCAAGGUCGUAGUGGGCUGGCAGGGGGGAACGACAACGAGCUGGGCAAUUGAGAAUACUGGCACCCUGCAGAAGCCGCACGGUUACUGGAACGUGGGGUUUGGUCAGUGGCACAAGGCGAUGAGCUACACCGACCCCGUGUUCGGAUCCACGGCAAAGGCAGUGGAGAAUUUCGAGAGUGCGGACUACAGCGCGUUUCACAACGGGCUGGACGGGAGUGAACUGGGCUACGACACGGCCGGAGGAGUUGGCACGGCGGUGGUGCUGUACCAGGCUUUGAAGCAGUAUGUAGAUGCGGACUUCGUAAACAUGUCGAAGCAGGAGAGGCGUGAUGCGAUCCGAAACGGAAUCGGCGACAUGAAUGAUGAGACAAUGUGGGGGGUCGUCCGCUUCAACCGCUACAACCAGAACAACGGCCGCGGCACAGCUGCUUUUCAGAUCGUUGCUGAUACUACCAAGUGGCCAGUCCCGGACGCGGAGCAAUUGUGCAUCCUGCCAUCUGAAGCCGCGGAGACUUCUUUGGUGGUACCGUUCGCCACUUGGGAAUCGCGCUUCACUGGCUGUCCGAAUGGCACGUACAACAGUGGGGCUGAGUGUGAGCCUUGUCAAGCGGGCAAGGCUUGGACCAGUGAGUCGCCUGGCUUCUUCGUGGAUGGCGAGGAACCGCUGAGAAAUUGCGAGGAGUGCGAGCAGGGUAAGUACCACGACGAUAUUGGGGGGGCGACGUGCCUCGAUUGCAGCACGAACUCCUAUGCAAGCGCCACUGGCAUGUCCGCCUGCACCCAGUGCUCCGCGGGCAGAAUGCAGCACCUUACCGGUCGGACGAGCUGUUACAAUUGUGCGAAGGGCACCUUUUCGAACCUGACCCUGGACGAGUGCGAACCUUGCGCGGCAGGCACAUAUGCGGAUUCCACCGGGAUGGAGGUGUGCUUCGAAUGCCCCGCGGGUAAAGCGAUCGGCGAGCCUGGACAGUCCGCCUGCAUAAAUUGCGCGCUUGGCAAGAUCGCGAUGACGAUGGGGAUGGUUGAAUGCGAUGAGUGCCCAGGCGAUCUUACGACGCAGUACCCCGGUUCGACGCUGUCAAAGGAGUGCCAGUGUCCAGAGGGCAAGUACAGGGACAAGACCGACCGCACAGUUUGCCACGACUGCCCUGAAGGGAUGACCUGCGCCUUCGGGUCUGACGAGAUCAACUGGGAAGUCGCAGGCUCUCGCAGGCUGACGAUGAGCGACGCGGGCCCUACGACACCGCAGCUGCAAUCGGGCUUCUUUUCGGCAGAGUCGUCUCCGCUUUCCGUCUACAAGUGCCCGCGCGAGGACAUCUGCUCUUGCCCGGGGGGCGACCCUGGAGAAUGCUCCGGGGAAGGCGACAAGUCGCGUGUGGGCCUGCUUUGCUUCGACUGCCAGGAGGGCUUUGUGCGCACGGAGUGUGGCUGCGAGGAGUGCUCGCCUAUCAGUAAGGUCGGCAUCGUCAUGCUCCCCAUCAUCGCCUUCGGUGGCUGCAUCAUAUUGUACUACCUCGGGAACUCCGCCUACAGCACCAAGGGAUCGAUAUCUCUGACGUUCUUCAUAUUUGCGGGGCUAGUUGUCACCGUGCUCUGGCUGUGCGCCAUCAUGAACGACCUCGCGGUUCCCUGGCCAUCGGCGCAGAAGUCGGUGUUCAAGACGUUGUCGGUCUUCUCACUGAACCCAGACGCGUUGGCGCUCGAGUGCGGCAUCGGCACAGACCCCGUCUUGUCGUACACGCUGCGGUGCAUCCUCCCGCUCGCCAUCAUCCUCGCGGUCGUGAUCUGCUUCGGUAUUUCCAAGGUGGUCGCCUUCGCCAAACCGUCGCUUGGUUGGGAUAUCAACAAGUCGAUCAACACCAUCGGUGCAAUCUUCCAGGCCAUGUUCAUCCUGAUCGUGGUGAUCGCCGUCACGCCGCUGAACCACUACUCCCACCCGAACGGCAGGCAGAGCUUGGUCACCGCCCCGACGGUCAUGUAUGGCGAGUAUGGUGACUGGGAGGUAUUUCUGGGACUUGGUCUUGCCGUGCUGAUGGUUUUCGUGGUCCCGUUCUUUGCCAUCACCGCGUGGGCGACCGUGAAAGCACCGCAACUCAUGACGCAGGAGUCAUUUCCUAUUCGUUUCCGCUUCUGGCUGUAUCGCUUCCGUCCGGACUGCUGGUGGUGGGGUAUCCUGCUCAAUGUGCGGCAGGUCCUUCUCGCGUUCGUCUCAUCGGUGCCAGCCGACGAUCCGCACUCACAGUCCACCUACUUCGUGAUAGUUUUGGGAGCGUACCUGAUCUUGCAGACGAGAUAUUGGCCAUGGAAGAACCAUGAAUUGAACAUGGCGGAGGCCUCCUUGAUGGCACUGGUCAUGUUCAUGAUGAAGGCUGUAACGGCCUUCAUGCCUACCUCAACUCAGGACCAUCAUUCUGGAUUGCUUACGUUCUUCAUGGUGCUGGUUGUGGUGGAGAUCAAUAUCAUUUGUGCAAUGAUUGGUUGGGCGUUCUACAACAAGGUUGAUUUGGGUGCAGAGUUUUCGUUCCGCACUGGGGAGAAUCUGCAAGAGAAGCUGGCCGUCCAGUGGUGCGAUCUCGUGGACAAGUGCCGCGAGCUCGGCGACGGGGAGACGAAGAGCAUCGUGAAAUGCAUGAACGCCUACGAUGUCCAGAACGUCCUACAGUCCAUCAAUGCUUUUCACGCAGCAGCGCCAGAAACUUUUCCCCAGGUAAAGACGGACAGUCUCAUGAGCGACAUGGCGUUGGCGCGCGUCAUCUCCACUAACAAGGAAAAAGCGCAGCCCGAGUCGUCAAACGGCCACGGGGCAAGCCAGACAGAUCCAGUUCCUGAAGCGAAAGAACCCGAAGCGAAUGAAGCCUGAGACAGGACCAGAUCAGGCAGCUGAUACUAGUGAUGCAGGUCCUGGCCCAGCAGAUGAGGACCAACCCGUUGCUGUGUCCGUGAUGCAGAUAUUUCGAGAGUUCCCACGUCGAGAGUUCCCAUUUUUUGCAUUAUUUGUUGCAGCGUCUUUGGCAGCUCCCCAUGCAUGCUCUAUGUUUUUUGCGACGCGUCCUCCCCCCAGGCCUUCUUUGAAGGUUGUCCCCCACUCGCUUGGGAUGCAACUCCUGGGAGGUUAAACUCCGCGCGGGAGCAUCAUGUCAUUGCAUCUGGUUAUCGAUGAGAAAGCUCCGAUCGUCAAAGCUGCGCUUAUAGAUUUUGCGGCGACUGUCGCGUCCCACGGCCCUGCCGCAUUGGGUGCCUCCGCGCGCUCACCCCAAGCCGUUUUCCUCGCAGGCUGGGGUGCCACGUCGCAACCGAGGAAGGUCAAAUGCUCGGUGCCUCUUGUGCACCCGUGCUCGUACUCUCUCCCCGAUUCUUUCCCUCCUCCUCCACCCGCUCCUCCUCCCCCCCCUCCCC